AUGAUUGUGAGCCAUGAUGAAAAAUACCGUGUGACUGACUUUGUGUCAUCAUGCCCCAAUUGUUUCGGUAACGGUGUGGGUAACGGUGUGGGUAAUGGUGUGGGUAACGGUGUGGGUAACGGUGUGGGUAACGGUGUGGACAUUGGUGUGGGUAACGGUGUGGGUAACGGUGUGGACAUUGGUGUGGGUAACGGUGUGGGUAACGGUGUGGACAUUGGUGUGGGUAACGGUGUGGGUAACGGUGUGGGUAACGGUGUGGACAUUGGUGUGGGUAACGGUGUGGACAUUGGAGUGAGUAACGGUAUGGCUAACGGUGUGGGCAUCGGUGUGGGUAUCGGUUUGGGUAUCAGUGUGGGUAUUGGUGUUUGUAACUGUGUAGGCAUCGGUGUGAGUAUUGGUGUGGGUAUUGGUGUGGGUGUGGGUAACGGUGUUGGUAUAGGUGUGGGUAUUGGUGUGGGUAUUGGUGUGAGUAUCAUUGCGGGUAUUGUUGUGGGCAUUGAUGUGGGUAACGGUGUAGGCAUCGGUGUUAGUAAAGGUGUGGACAUUGGUGUGGGUAUCGGUGUGGGUAUUGGUAUGGGUAUUAGUGUGGGUAUCGGUGUGGGUAUUGGUGUUGGUAACGGUGUGCACGUGAGUAUUGGUGUGGGUAACGGUGUGGAUAACGGUGUGGGUAUUCGUGUGGAUAACGGUGUGGGUAACGGUGUGGGUAUUGGUGUGGGUAUAGGUGUUGGUAUUCGUGUGGAUAACGGUGUGGGUAACGGUGUGGGUAUUGGUGUGGGUAUAGGUGUUGGUAUUGGUGUGGGUAACGGUGUGGGUAUUGGUGUGGGUAUAGGUGUGGACAUUGGUGUGGGUAUUGUUGUGGGUAUCAUUGUGGGUAUUGUUGUGGGCAUUGGUGUGGGUAACGGUGUGGGUAUUGGUGUGGAUAACGGUGUAGGUAUUGGUGUGUGUAACGGUGUGGGUAUUGGUGUGUGUAUAGGUGUGGGUAUUGGUUCGUGUAACGGUGUGGGCAUUGGUGUGGGUAUAGGUGUGUGUAACGGUGUGGGUAUUGGUGUGUAA